AGAGAGCUAGAGAGAGAUGGAUGCAGUGAAUGAAGGAACUGGACCACAAAGCUACACCCAGAACUCCUCCUGUCAGAGAGGAGCUUUGGAAGCUGCUCAAGAAAUUAUCAAAGAGGAAAUAGCUGAGAAGCUUGACAUCAAACAACUAAUUGCUUCCGAUUCUUUAAACACAUUUCGCAUUGCAGACUUAGGCUGUGCUACUGGACCCAAUACAUUUCUUGCAGUGCAGACCAUACUAGAAGCUGUUCAACCCAAAUUAGGGUCACAAAAUUCCCAAACAUUCCCAGAAUUUCAGGUGUUCUUCAGUGAUCUAGUCUCCAAUGAUUUCAACACUCUGUUUAAAUCACUCCCACCCCAAAGCCAAAUACCCUACUUUGCAGCUGGGGUGCCUGGUUCUUUUCUGACGCAGCACAAGCAAAUAAGAAAUCUGUCAUCUGUUCUACAUCAUUUUCACGGUCCCUUGUUUCCCAAGGCUUCCCUUCAUUUUGUACACUCAUCUUGUGCACUCAAUUGGCUUUCACAAGUGCCGAAACCGGUCGCCGAAAGAACCUCCUCUGCAUGGAAUGCAGGGAAGAUUCUCUACAGCAUCAGCAGCAGCAGAGAAGUUACAGAGGCUUAUUCUUGUCAAUUUGCUAAUGAUAUGGGGUUGUUUUUGCAAGCAAGAGCAAAUGAGCUUGUGGGUGGAGGGCUGAUGGCACUAGUUAUACCAGGUCUGCCUGUUGGAAUUUUGUUCUCUGAAACCAGAACUGCUUUGGAGUUUGAACUUUUGGGAUCAACCCUGAUGGGCAUGGCCAACAUGGGAUUGGUGAGCAAGGAGAAAGUGGACUGUUUCAACUUGCCUGUAUAUUUUCCAUCACUUGAAGAGUUGAAGGCAAUCAUAGAGAGAAACAGAGAGUUUAGGAUAGAGAAAAUGGAGGCAAUAAGCCACCCAAAGAUGAAGACUGAACCUAAACAGUGUAUUUCAAGCAUAAAGGCUGUGUUUGAGGGAAUUAUUGGGAAACAUUUUGGAAGUAAUGUCACUGAGGAACUGUUUGAGCAGUGCUCCAUCAAAGCUGCAGAGCCUUCAGUUAUUCUUCUGGACACAGAUAUGCCGACACUUCAUGUGCUGCUUGUAAUUCUCAAGCGCAAUGGCAAUGACAAUGCCUAAGAUUUGAUGUUAU